GGCAGCAGGGAGAGAAUGAUGGAAGCCACCCUGACUUAUUUCUAAGAGACAAAGUUCAGCUUCUGCAGCCUUCCAAAUCCUGUGUCCCUUCAUUUCCCAUUGUUGCGCCUUAAUAGUGGAGCAAUUCUCCUGUGAACCUUCAACUCAGAAAAUCCAAAAGUGCUGUCAAUGCAGAUGCCUCCGACUGCAUGCAGAAGGUUUAAGGCUGCUGCAGUAUGACGUUUCACUGACCCUCUCCGCAAGAAGUACAGCUUUCUUCUCCGUUACCCAUGUGCAUUCUUUUCUUUAAAUUCGAUCCACGACCUGUUUCCAAAAAUGCAUACAGGCUUAUCCUAGCAGCUAAUCGAGAUGAAUUUUAUCACAGACCCUCGAAAUCAGCUGACUUCUGGGACAGCAGCAGUGAGAUCCUCAGCGGACUGGAUAUGGAGGAGGGAAAAGAAGGUGGGACUUGGCUUGGAAUCAGCAAGAAAGGCAAGAUGGCAGCCUUGACCAAUUAUAUGCAGCCAAAGAUAGACAAGAAUGCAAAAGGAAGAGGUGCCCUCGUGACAAAUUUUUUGACGACGGAUGCGGACAGUUACUCUUACUUGAAGAAAGUUGCCUUAGAAGGACACCUUUACAAUGGAUUUAAUUUAAUAGCAGCAGACUUGAACACCACCAAGGGAGAUGUAAUUUACUAUUACGGAAACAAAGGAGACCCAGAACCUGUCUUCCUAAAUCCCGGGAUAUAUGGCUUGAGCAAUUCUUUGCUGGAUACGCCGUGGAAGAAACUUCAGUAUGGAAAGCAGCUCUUUGCAGAUGUUAUCAAACACAGCCAGGACCUUGCAAAGGAAGAUCUGGUGCAGGAGCUCAUUAAAGUGAUGAACAAUCAAGAGCCUCAGCUGCCAGAUCCUGCAAUUGAAGACCAGGGCAAGGACUACAUCCUCCCCAUCCUAAACAAGUAUGCAGCUCUCUGUGUGCGUUGCCCAGAUUAUGGAACCAGAACAAAUACAGUCAUUCUCAUCGAUGCGGAAGGACACGUCACUUUCACUGAGCGUACCAUGCUGAACGCAGAUGUCGACCAAUGGAAAACAAGCACCUACCAGUUCAAACUGCAGAUUUAACUGCUUUCUGUUUGAACAGAUCGUGAAAAAAGGGGGAAGGGAGACAAAGAGAACAAACAAGCUUUGAACUCUAGUGGUGAGGCCUUGCAAGCAGUUCUCCCAGAUCCAAUGGCUCGUUGUUGUUGUGUAGCACACCCUAUCAACCACUGAAACGUUUUUCUUUUUUGCACAAAGUCCAAACAGGAUAAUUCGAACAAGGAGCCUGGCCAUACGUAAGAAACAAACUGUAUUUUGCACAAAUGGCCGUUUACUUUUUGAAGGAUUAUCGAGCUGCUCUGCACAGAUCUUUAACUGGCUGCCAGCAGAGGAUGCGGAGUACCUCGGGUAAUCAUGCACUGUGUUUUCUCUCCAAGGAGAGCUGGAAAACUAAAUUCGACACCUGUAGUGUGCAUCCAAAAAAAGGGAAAAUGACAUAAUUCAGCCUUAGUGGUGCUUUGGCUUCAUCCCGUGGCAGCAUUAGCCUGUGAGCAGUUCCUCCUCGGUUUGUGAGUGCGCUCCAAGGACAUGCAGUCCCCAUUUGCUUUGGCAACAGGGAGAACUCUCUGUGCUGCUCUCCACUGGCUAUGCAGAGCUGUCCUUACCUUCCAAGUGCUCGGGAUGUUUCUGCUCCUCUGGUGCUCUCCGCAUAUGCGCUGCACCAAAGAGACUGCGCUCAGAGCGACUGUCUCACCAACUCUGCCUGAGACUGCUGAAAAAUAAUUGGGCCAGAAAUGUUUCGAUCAAAUAAUCAAAAUGCUUUGAUCUCGACUCUCUGUUGUCAAAUCUUUCUAAAUGAAGAACUUCUUUAAGAAUCCAAUUGGGUUCCUUUGGCUUUUUAAGUCAGAAGGAGCGUUUAAAAGGGGUUCAGUGGGAAGUGCUUUUCUAGCCAUGAUAAUUGAAAAUAUCACUCUGCAGCUUUUGUUCUGGGCAUAUCUGUGAGCUGCAAAAUGGCAACUGCUCUUCAAAGCUUAUGCCCUCUGGUAGAAUGAAAUCAGGCUGCUUUCUUUUUAAUACCAAUUCUUUUAAGAACUAACACUUGAGUGGCAUAAUGCAUAAGGGUAACGCUUAAGCAGUCCUGCAUCCACCUCAUAACUGAGGAAAAAUCCCAUGGAGCUCAGUGGGACUUACUUCUGAGUAAACAUGUCUAGGAUUGUGCCGUUCAUGUCUUUUUAACCAGUUAGGAAAGCCCGGAAAGAACGUACUUUUAUCCCCGGCCACAAUUCUCCCCUCACAUCCAUCCUUUCUUCCAUGCAGAGCAACAAAGCACUGAGCAUAUUUUGUUCAUCACAUGGUCCAGAAUAUGGUCUGAAGGCACAUUAGGUGUGCACCCUGUGGAAGCUAAGCAGGUCUGCGGCUGGUCUAAGCUUGGAGGGGGGACGCCUGGGAACUGCACAGAGCCCCCCUUGGGUUCCACAGUGGCAGAAAGGUGGGAUACAAGCAUAAUGGAUACACAAAUAAAACAAAGAUACACCCCAGUGUUGUGAAUGUUACCUUGUACCUGCAUGUUUUACCUUGCAAACCUAUGCAUGUCUACUCAGAAGUAGGGACAAAGUUUUUCCCCCGUGCAACUGUGUAUAAGAUUGCAGCCCAAAACUGAAAAGCCAGGCCUGCUCCGUGGCAGUAAUUUCAGAGCUCCAGUGGGGCUUGCUUCCGAGUGGAAGGCCUGGGCAUUGUGUUGCCCGCUUUCUUUCACACGCACUAGGCCUCAGCGGGAAGGUAUGUUAAAAGGUGAUCACUUUGGCAGAUCUUGGAGCACAUAAAAACAACCGUGUGCAGAAGCACGGCAGUUUUAAAUUGGGGACUUGGACUACAGCACACUUUGUACGUUCCUUGUAGCCAUGAAGAGCUUAAGCUAAUUCCUUAAGUGCUAGUUUGCUUUUCGGUUAUUAGACAGUGCCGGGAGCUUGGAAGAAUUGCUCCAGCCAAGGCAAUUUUUAAAUCCAAGGUCAUUUUUCUCUCUGCAAUAGGUGAGGCCGAAUCCUCAAGAUUGGAUUGGCAGGCUCCCCCCACCCCUCUCUGGAACAUUAUAUCCUUUCUAAGUUAGUGUACCACCAGGUGCAGAAAUUACUGCCAUUUUAGCUUUUUCUGCAUUUCACACAGAGUUAAUCAAUUGCAUUUCCCUCCGCAUUCAGGAUGUGCAUAGCAGUUUCUUGGGACAAGGCCGACUCCCCCUGUGGGGGUCGUCGUUCUCUGGUGGGAAGUUUUGAUUAGGGCCAUGAUGGCAAGAUGGAAAAACAAACCCCCAUCCCCGGGUGGGAUUGGAAACAUUCUAAUCUUCACCAACUGAGGUGCGUGGAAUGAGCUCCGUCUCCACUUGUGGGGUGGGGGGUUGCUACAGGGCAUGGGUGUGAGGUGCUUGCGUCCAGGAUACAUCCCUGCUGUGCGCACGUCGCAGGUAAGCAUGCAGGCCCAGAAGUACCCAUCUUCAAACACCAGUCUCCCGCCCUCUGGGACGCAUGGGAAGGAGGAGCCAUUUGUGACCCAGGGCUAGCACAAAUAACCUUGUGCUGGGCUAGACCAGCACUGACACAAAGUAAUCAGCGGUGCUUGCUCAGGCCAUGGGAAGAAGGGGCCUGUUGCCAUUUGAAGCCCUUGCUACCAGUAGCUAAGCCUGCCAAGAGGCAUUUCAGUCGUUCCCAAUGAAGUGAAGGGAGCACUGUAGAAAAGCCAGGAAAUCCCAGAACAGCUGGUUUGGGAAGGAUGGGGGGAAUCUGAAGAGCUCUCUCUAAGUGAUGGUCUGAUCCUGUAGGACUCUUAAGAUACUUUAAAAAGAAAAAAAAAUUCCACGGCCAAAAGCGAGUUUAGAGUUUAAAUCUCCAAGCUCUUGGGUUUCUUUGUUUAUAUCAAAUACGGACAUGUUAACUAGCUUCAACUUUUGUUUAAAACUACCUCUCAUUUCUGGGAAAGCAAAAUUGCAAAGGCAGAUAUGGUGUCUAAGGUGAAUUUUGCAUAAAAAUGAAUCUAACUUCAUUUCCAGCCCGGCAGCAGUCAUAGCAAUUUGUUGAAAUGAGGAUUGCUUCUGACAUCAUAUUUUGAUUCUGAGCAUGUGUAGGGAAGAAAGGAAGAAGUGGGAUACAGAUAUGGCUUGCCUCAGGAUAAACCAAUUUUUCAGUUUCCGAUUCUCUUUAUUUCUUCAUUCUUAACUUUGGUUCUUUUUGCUAUAGUUUGCCUAAAACUGUAUAUGUGAUUUUGCCUACAAUAUAUAUAUUUUUUCUAGCAGUGUUUCUCUUAUAAUGUAUUUUGAGUUUUGUUUUCAUGAUUAUUCACAUUUUAAUGCAUUUUUUAAAAUGGAGAAUCCCAUUGCACAUCUGAGAAGUGCAAUUUCUGGAAGAUAACUGAGUUAUCUGAGUUGUGUUGGGAAUUGAAGAUGUGUUAGUUUCCCAGGUGUGAAAGUAUGUAAGUUUGCAGUAAGAUAUGAACCAAAUUAAUUUGAAUGAGGAAUCCAUCCGAUAGAUGCUCACGAUAGGCUCUUUCUUAAAGAGGUGCAUCUUUUAAUGUUUGCUGUCCAUUUCCCAUUGAAAAACCAAGUACAAAAUUGUUAUCUAAAGCAGCAUUAAAAGUAAGUGAAAGUUUUUAAUUUGCAUAUACCACCAAGAGGAAGAAGGUGCUAGCUCCCCCUGGGUCAGAGCAGGAAAUUUAAAGGAGCUGUCUGUGGUGCUGAAUCUUUUGGGGAGGGAGGAGUAGAGUUCAGCACUUGGAUAGCUCCUUUAACCUGCUGGCUGGGAGUCCAAACCUGGUCACCAGCCUCUGUCGUCAGCAAGACAUGAAAUGCACCAUCAGGUUUCAGUGAAAGCUUAAAUACUACCUUGCCCAGGCUAACUCAGGACAAGAUGGCUUCCACCUUCCAGCUGGUGUACAGAGGCUGAGUGGAUGCUCUGAUGGCUCUUCAAGAGUAGCAAUAGGUGGUGUCCACCAUCUCUGAGGCAGCCGGCUAGCUUAGGCAGCAGCCUGAUGGCAUACCAUCCUCACGUUCCUCCCAUAGCCAACCAGAGAGUUCAUGAGGAACAGCUGAUAAUUGUCCUAAGGCAGUUGUCCCAUUCUGCCUAAGGGUAGGGCUGGCUCCGUACCUCAUACUUCAGAAAAUCUCAUAAAGCUAGCAUUUCACAAAAGGCACCUUGGACUAGGCUUUUCCCUGCCAUGCUAGGUGUUAACCCCAAAGAGGGUGGUGGUGGUGAUGGUGGUGUUUUAACUUGAAGGAGAACUGAACCUCUCAACAUCGCCUGCAACCUGACAUGGUAUAGUCAGAACCCACAUGUGAGGUCUAAAGAGUGGUGGAAGGUGAUGUGCAUACAAUGCAAAUUGUAAUUUCUUGGGUUGUGCUAAAAAUAUAAAGAGAUGCGAGAAAUACGUUUUAUUUUUGUAAUAUAUUUAAAAACAGAGGCAUAUUGGAUGAACGCAAUGCUUACGGCUUGGUUUGGUGCGGCUUUUACUGCUCUUGCUAAUGUAAAAGUCAUAUCCCUUUGUUGAAGUGACAAUUUCUUGGUCCACUAAAACACACACAACUAUAUAUAUAUUCCAUUUCUUUUUCAAAUUGUUUUAUAUUUUGCCACUUAUUCCUGUAUAGAAGUGAAGUCAAUAAAUGCCUUGACCAUAGUGA